AGCUAGCGGGCCUUUGGCUCAGAGAACAGCUCGUUGUAUUUGGGCUGUCUAGUCCGCCAGGCGACCGCUAUGGAUGGCCACCUGCGACCUCGGAGGUGCAAGAAGCUGAAGGUCAAAGCAAGCGAGAUUGAGCUCACGAUUCUGGGCCUUCCGGGGGCUUUGUGUGUGGUCAAAGCAACUCCUGCGAGUCUCAUUCGUGAGGUCAAAGAAGAGAUCAGAACCCAGACGGGCAUUGAGGUCGAUGAUCAGCGACUUUUUGCAAAGGAUAGUGCGGAAUUGUCCAAGGACAACGCAGCACUCAGCACAGUGGACCUGAUCUUGGACCAGCCUGAACUGCCGAAGGCAGAGGUCAAUCUAUGCAACGUGCUCAAAGCAUCGUUACUGCUACUACGGCGGCCGCCGAAACAGGCAGAGAUCCUGGCCGAGCUCAGCAGCGUCAGAGGAGGAGAGGCAGUGCUGAAAGUCUUUCGUGAUCAUGGUCAGGAUGCAGCAGAGGAUCGCAUCGUUGUCUUGGAGUCGGUGCGCCGCAAUGCUCAGUGCUUGCAGCACGCAGCUCCGCAUUUUCUCGAAGACCGACAGGUGGUGCUCACAGCAGCAAAGCAGAGUGGAAUGAUUCUGAAGCUCGUCUCCGAUGAGCUUAGAAAGGACAGAGAGGUGGUGCUGGCGGCAGUGAAGCAAAACUGCCAAGCCAUUUGUUUGGCAGCGCCAGAGCUACAAGAAGAUCGCGAGGUCAUGCUGAUGGCAGUGCAGAAGGACCGCUACAAUGGGGAGAUCUUCCGCAAUGCCAGCCCCAAGCUGCGUGGAGAUCGCGAGGUUGUGCUUGCUGCCGUGUCGGCGAUGGGGCUGAAUCUGCAAUUUGCAGAUUCCGCUCUUCAGUCCGAUCUGUCAAUAGCAUCUGCAGCAGUGAGGCAGAACCCGGCAGCACUCAGGUUGGUCGACCGAUCUAUCAGAGGUCACACCAAGGUCCUUGAUGCUGCCGGCUGGAAUCCACCCAUGCCUGUCAUCGAAGGUCCUAUCGCCACAAAGGGAGCGGCCAGAUGGGUGGCGGUUCUGGCUGUGGAACCAGCAUCCCAAAGGACAGAGCUCUACAACCGGCUUAUCUGGUGAAAGUGCCACCACGUCUUCCGAGCUGGCGAUGCACUGGAAGCUUUGUCUGUGGGGUCGCCUCACAGUUUAAGUGCCCAUUUGCACGAAGGGACAUGGCGAAUUUGCAC